AGCGCUCCGCCAGCCAACCGCAGCCUGACUUCAGCGCUCGCACUUUUGGCCGAAUCCUCAGCCCAUCGGCCGUUCGCGCCGCCAUGGAUCUCUCCGCUAUCUACGAGAGCCUCGUGUCGGUGAGCCCUGACCUGCUAUCUGACCACGGAGAGACCGAGUCCAGCCCAAGCUGGGCCUCCUCGGGACUCUGGAGCCUCAGCUCAUCCGACAACAACCCGGCUGGGGUGGGUGCCCGACUGCCUGGCCGCUCCACCAGUCUGGUGGAGGGUCGAAGCUGUGGCUGGGUGCCACCACCCCCGGGUUUCGCCCCCCUGGUUCCCCGCCCGGGCCCUGAACUGUCGCCCUCACCCACCUCACCUACUGCAACCCCCACCACCUCAUCCCGGUACAAGACUGAGCUCUGUCGGACCUUCUCGGAGAGCGGGCGCUGCCGCUAUGGGGCCAAGUGCCAGUUUGCCCAUGGUCUGGGGGAGCUGCGUCAGGCCAGCCGCCACCCCAAGUACAAGACCGAACUCUGCCACAAGUUCUACCUCCAAGGCCGCUGCCCCUACGGCUCCCGCUGCCACUUCAUCCACAACCUCAAUGAAGAUCUGGCUGCCCCGGGCCACCCCCCUGUGCUGCGCCAAAGCAUCAGCUUCUCAGGCCUGCCCUCCGGCCGCCGGACAUCACCGCCACCGGCAGGCCUGGCAGGCCCUUCCCUGUCCUCCUGCUCCUUCUCUCCCUCCAGCUCCCCACCACCACCACCUGGGGACCUUCCACUUUCACCCUCUGCCUUCUCUGCUGCCCCUGGGACCCCAGUGGCCCGAAGGGACCCCACCCCAGCCUGUUGCCCCUCCUGUCGAAGGGCUACCACUAGUAGUAGCGUCUGGGGGCCCUUGGGUGGCCUGGCUCGGAGCCCCUCUGCACACUCCCUGGGAUCUGAUCCUGAUGAAUAUGCCAGCAGUGGCAGCAGCCUGGGGGGAUCCGACUCACCUGUUUUCGAGGCUGGGGUUUUUGGGCCCCCCCAGCCGCCUGCAGCUGCAGCCCCCCGGCGACUUCCCAUCUUCAACCGUAUUUCGGUGUCUGAGUGACAGGUGCCCCACCCGGUACAGAUCAGCUGGAUCUCAAGGGGGCCAUUUCUCUUCUGCUGGGGAUUCCGGGGAACUGGGGGACUCAAUCACAUAGCCUCCCCCCACCUUCCGAAGUGCAUUAACCCAUUCCCCUGACCCCACGCUGGGGCAGGUCCCCAGUGUGCAAGCUCUGUGUUCAUGGUGUUGGGGGAAGGAGUGUUUUCUGGGGUCUUGU